AUGUUGUGGCAGUGCCACCUCAUACCUGCUGCCGUGGGUGUUGGGCUGCAGGGGAAGGAGGGAGUUGGAUCGUGUAUAAGCGAAGCCAUUCACGGAGGUAUCAGAAUCAUUGUUGGCUUAUUGUUUGUAAAUAUUUGCAUUUACUUACUUCUGUCCCUCCACUCCUUUCCUUCAUCUCUUAUAAACUCUGAAGAACGUGUUGAUACAGCUGAUCAGGAGACAGUCUCUUGGGAUCGCAGUAUUCCUGAAGACAUAAAACAAAAAAUACAGCCUAAAGAGGUUCCAGCAGAAAGUGUUACUGUCUGGAUCGAUCCGUUAGAUGCUACGCAAGAAUACACAGAGGAUCUUCGACAGUACGUCACGACAAUGGUUUGUGUGGCUGUAAAUGGUAAACCAGUAAUAGGAGUGAUACACAAGCCCUUCUCAGCGUAUACAGCCUGGGCAAUGGUGGAUGGUGGGUCAAACGUAAAAGCUCGUUCCUUCUACAAUGAGAAAACUCCAAGGAUUAUUGUAUCCCGCUCCCAUGCAGGAAAAGUUGAGCAGGUUGCACGGCAGACGUUUGGAAAUAAGACUGUGAUAAUCCCCGCUGGUGGAGCAGGUUAUAAAGUGUUGGCCCUCCUUGAUGUGGCUGAAAAGAAUCAAGAAGAAGCUGAUGUGUAUAUUCAUGUCACCUACAUUAAGAAGUGGGACAUAUGUGCUGGAAAUGCAGUGUUGAGAGCAUUGGGUGGCCAUAUGACUACCCUGACUGGUGAAGAAAUUAGUUACACUGGCUCAGAUGGCAAUGAGGGAGGACUUAUAGCCAGUAUCAACAUGAACCAUAAAGCACUAAUUGAAAAACUUCCAGAUCUGGAAAAAACAUCACACAAAUAAACUUGACUGAUGGAGAAGUACAAGUUGUGCUUUUGUAGCCUCCAAAUGCUCUGUCUGAAGAAGCAGGUGUGAAACCUGCUUGGAAAGAUGCACCGCGAAGCAGUUUGGUGUGGGUUUGGGGACUAUAUUGUGCAUUGGGUUUCUUAAGUGGUGGUAUUUAAAAAAGCAUAAAAUAAUAAUAAUCAGAAGUAAGAAGGGGACCAACUGCCUCACACCUCAUUUUCCAUAUUUUAUUUUUUUGAGACUGUUCUCAUGCAGUUCUUAUACU